AUGACAUGUAGCCUACGCUCAUCAUCUCCUUAUUUCACAGGUUCUACAAGUGAUUGUUCACAAUGUCCGACGACAGAGUGUCCGCCAACUUCUCCUACCACAGCUUCACCAUCUGACGGUAGUGAAUGCCCACAAUGUCCAACGACAUGUACAACAUGUGAGCCUUGUGCCACUGCAGAGCCAACUUCUACCACACCAGCUCUGCCAGCCGGGCCGCCGAUAGAGUUUGAGAGUAGCAGGUACCGUGGCACCGUCUCUUCCGUCUACGUGGGGACGCUGGCGAACCUCACGCUUCAGGACUACGACUCGGAGGGCUACACCCUCGACUGCCAGCUGACGGACGCCACGGACUACGUGGCGUCCCGGGUGAGCGUCGAUCCGGUGGACGUGACUGGCUGUCAGCUGACCAUCGACGCAUUCCUGCGUGCCGGCUCCUACGCGUUCAGCGUCCGCGCCAACCUCGCCGGCACCUCCUCUGUCGCUACAACGGAGAUGGCGCUGGCAGUGUCGACGACCAUCUCGUGCGACGACUCGACGUCUCCCAUCUUCCCGAUCGCGCUGUUGGUGACUUCUCAGCCCGAGAAUCAGACGGGACCGACCAACAUCCUGGCCCCCACGGAGCUGGGUGUCGGCGCGCAAUGCAGCUUCAGUCACAGCGUCGACCCUGCGGAGUACAGCGGCUGGGUGCAAGUGGACGAAGCGACAGGAGAGAUGAACGUGGCCGGCCUGGACUACGAGAGCGUGACCAGUCUCUUCAUCUCGCUGUCCGUCUCCUGCGAGUCUGGACCAGAGCAGCAGCAGCAGCAGCAGUCGCGGCGGCUGCGUCACACGAAGGACCAGCCAGACUGGCCAGAGUAUCUGCUCUACGACAACACCAGCAUGAGCGUGCUGCUGCAGAUCCUAGAUGUCAACGACAACCCGCCCGUCUUCACCGCCGGCGACCGCAUAGUGGUCGGCUAUCCCACUGGAGACCUGCUGGAGCGCGUCCAGCCUGGACCCGUCGUCACACUCAAGGCCACGGACGCGGACGAGGGCGAGAACGCGGAGCUGCGCUACAGCCUGGACGCGGCGGGCAGCCGCCACUUCACGGUGGGCGCCGAGACGGGCGCCGUCUACGUGCGGGCCGACGCGCCGGAGCUGCCCGACUCCGGCGUCUCCUUCACCGCCACCGUCGCCGACCUGGCGGGCGCCGCAGGGGCGCUCACCGACACCGUAGUCGUGCAGGUGAAGCCGCUGAAGGACGAGCAGCUGGUGCUGGUGACGACGGUGGAGGGCGCGCUGCCCGAGGACGCAGAUGCCGUCGUGGAGGACCUGUGCGGCACCACGGGGUUGAACGUGCGCCUGCUGAGGGCUUACGCCACGGCGGCAGAGGAGGGCAGGGCGCUGGCUGGCGGCAGGGCGGCCAGGGCGGGCUCCGAGAGCGCGCUCACCAUGCUGCUGUACGCCCUCGACGACCAGGAGGCGCUCGUCACUGUGCAGCAGUUCCAGACGCUACUUUCGUCUUCGGAGAUCAAAGUGGAAAACCUGCCACCAGAGGCAGAGAACCAGGAGCCCACUGAUGUGACUGGCUAUAUGGCGGCCAUCAUUACUUUGGCUGUCCUCAUCGCAGUGGCUCUAGGUGGUGCUGUGGCAGGCUACUACUUCUACUUCAGGCCAAGACUGGGAGUUCAUAAGCAGGCAGAUGAUUACACUAAGUUUGAAUCUGAUGCAGAUAAAGACAGUCCUUUAGAAUCACAAAUUCCACAAAUAACUACAACUGUUGAACCUACUAUAUCAACAGUUAGUGAAAUAAUAGAACCAGUAAAUGAAGUGACUGUUGAGAACAACAUCAUAACAGAUGAAAACAGCAAUGGAGUACUGGCACCAGAUUCAGAAGAUGAUUGGUCAAGAAAGAGAUCCGUGACCAUUCGAGGAGGACCAGAUGACUAUAAUGAUGAGGAAGCAUCUGGAGAACCAAGAAGAUCAGAAAGUUCAGACAGCCUUGAUGGAGAUGAAGCUCAUGCUGAGUCUGAGCGACGUAAAUCCGCAGUUCACUUUAAUGAAAACGUGGAGUGUAUUGAAGUGGAGCGUCUCUGAUAUUGAGUGCAGUGUGACUCCAAAGAAAUUUCUGAGAGGAACUUAGUGCUUCAUUUAGCUCUGGUAAUAAUCACUACAGUUCCUCUUAAUGUCUGCCUAGCGAUUGUGAUAGCAAGUUAACACCCUUGAAGACUGACGACAUGGUCUGUGAACCUGUUAUCUACAUGAAAUACAUUGAUAUUAAUCAGAAUAAAGAUGAGAAAUAAGAUUUGUUGGAACUAUUUUUUUGUGGCUGUGUGAAUUACAAGUAUUUCCCAUAUUAAACAAGUACUU